AUGCCCUCCCUCACCACCGCUCCCGAUGCCCACAUCCGCCUGUUGCCUGCUGCGAAGCAGGGGCUGCCCAUCACCACCACCACCCAGGGGCUGCAGGAGAUCGCCCACAACCAUAUCACAAAGGGUCUGGGACGACUCCGUGACCACGUCUUCAAGGAAGGCAAGGGGCUGCGCGUGCUUACUACCGAUGGGCGCAAGCUGCUUGACUUUACAUCUGGUAUCGGAGUGACUUCUCUCGGCCAUGCCCACCCCGACGUCACAGAGGCCAUCAUUGCCCAGGCCCAGUCCAUCAUCCACAUUCAAUGCGCCAUCGCCCUAUCGGAGCCUUAUGUCCAGCUCGUCGAAUCGCUGCUUACCAUGAUGCCCGACCCGAGCUUGGACAGCUUCUUCUUCUGGAAUUCCGGAUCCGAGGCGGUCGAGGCGGCCAUCAAGGUCGCGAGGGCGUCUACUAAGCGGAACAACAUUGUGGUCAUGCAGGGUGGAUACCACGGGCGGACGUCUGGCGCGGCGGCAUUGACCCGGUCAAAGACGUCCUUCUUCAAGGGGACUGGGCCUCUGAUGCCAUGCGUCUACACCACCGCCUUCCCGUACUGGCACCCCAUGGGCGUACCCAAGGAGACAUCCGAGGAGGAGCUCGUCCGCCAGGCCAACCUCUCCAUCGACAAUCUCCUCCAGCAGCAGUCCGCCCCAGAAGACACAGCUGCCAUCUUUGUCGAACCGGUCAUUGGCGAGGGCGGCUAUGUCCCCGCCCCCAAGGCGUUCCUCCAGCAUCUCCGGAAGGUCUGCGACAAGCACGGCAUUCUCCUCCUGAUGUUAGACGAGAUCCAGACUGGGUUCGGACGGACAGGAAAGAUGUUUGCUAUCGAGCACUCUGGCGUCAAGCCGGAUCUUAUCAUCUACGCCAAGGGCUUUGCGAACGGAAUGCCCAUCUCGGGCAUUGUCACCCGCAAAGAGAUCAUGGACUCGAUGCCGCCAGGGUCACUCGGUGGAACCUACUCGGGCAACGUUGUCGCUUGCGCCGCCGCACUCGCCACCACCACCUAUAUGCGCACACACGAUAUCCUCGGAAACGUCAACGAGCGCUCCGAGCAGAUCUUUGCUGGACUCCGUGCUAUCCAGGCCGACACUGCUAAUGGUGGAUGGAUGAUUGAAGAGGUCCGCGGAAAAGGAUUAAUGGUGGCGAUGGAAUUCAAAGACCCCAACUCGACCCUCACCUCAUCCCACUCCAAAGGACCCAACGUUACCCUCCCGCCCAACCUCAACAAGCUCGUCCAGGACGCUUGCAUGGAUCGCGGUCUCCUCACCCUCACCACCAGUAUCUAUCCCGUUCUGCGCAUGAUCCCGGCGUUGAUCUUGUCCGAGGCGGAUGUGGAAGAGAUGCUGAGCACUAUGCGCGAGGCGGUCAAGGAGGUGGCGAGGCAGGUAGAGGGUAAGGGGGAGCCAGAGCAGACUGGUGAGGUCGUGGGCGCCGCUCACGGUGGUGCCGAGGGUGACUAG